AUGGAGAGAAACAACAGCACGGUGGUAACAGAAUUCAUCCUCCUUGGCCUGACCCAGUCUAGAGAUAUUCAGUUUUUGGUUUUUGCUCUCAUCUUGAUUUUCUACCUCAUCAUUCUUCCUGGAAAUAUUCUCAUCAUUCUCACUAUAAGAUCAGACCCUGGACUCACAGCCCCACUCUAUUUCUUCCUGGGCAACUUGGCCUUCCUAGAUGCCUCCUACUCUUUCAUUGUGGUUCCCAGGAUGUUGGUGGACUUCUUUUCUGAGAAGAAGGUGAUCUCCUACCCAGGCUGCAUCACUCAACUGUUUUUCUUGCACUUCCUUGGAGGAGGGGAGUUCUUACUCCUUGUUGUGAUGGCCUUUGACCGUUACAUGGCUAUCUGCCGACCUUUACAUUAUUCUUCUGUCAUGAACUCUAGAGCUUGCUAUGUGAUGGUACUGGCUCAGUGGCUUGGAGGAUUUGUGCACUCCAUUAUCCAGGUGGUCCUCAUUCUCCGUUUGCCCUUCUGUGGUCCAAACCAAUUGGAUAACUUCUUCUGUGAUGUUCCUCAGGUCAUCAAGCUAGCCUGCACUGAUACCUUUGUGGUGGAAAUUCUUAUGGUUUUCAACAGUGGCCUGCUUUCCCUGGUGUGUUUUGUGGGGCUUCUUUCCUCCUAUGCAAUCGUCUUAUGUCACAUUAGGAAGUCAUCAUCUGAAGGGAAGAACAAGGCCAUAUCCACAUGUACCACUCAUGUUAUUAUUAUAUUUCUUAUGUUUGGACCUGCAAUUUUCAUUUAUACUCGUCCAUUCAGGGCCUUACCAGCUGACAAAGUUGUUUCUUUCUUUCAUACAGUGAUAUUUCCUCUGCUAAACCCUGUGAUUUAUACACUUCGAAACCAGGAAGUAAAAUUUUCCAUGCUAAAGUUAUUGACUCGGCCUAUAGUAUGUUAA